GAGCACUUAUGGAAGCUGUAUCCCUUUAACUCAUUAUCUACAUUCGCGGGAAGUGACCUUUGUUUUUUCUUGUAAUUUGCAUGAUUUAGGAUGGAACCUGAAAAACUAAAAUAUUUGUUGGAAACAAGCAAGGAUGCAUUAUCAAAAGCAUAUAUGUCCGUACAGUAAUUUUUCUGUCGGAGCUUCUUUACUGUGUGAAGACGGUCGUAUCUUUUCAGGUUGUAAUGUUGAAAAUGCAUCUAAUGGUUUGACAAUAUGUGCAGAAAGGACUGUUAUUGUAAAAGCAGUUUCUGAAGGCUGUCAAAAGUUUCAGGCAAUUUUCAUUACAACUAGGUCUCCAAGUGAUGAGUACAUUGGGCCCUGUGGAGCAUGCCGGCAAUUUUUAGCUGAGUUUGGAACAAAUUGGGAUGUUUACAUUUGUAAAAGAGAUGGCACCUACUUAAAACAUACAGUUGCAGAACUACUUCCUUAUGCUUUCACACCAGAAACUUUGAAAAGGAGUUAACAAUUUUUACAUUUGUACAAAAAUAUUCAACUGCCACAUCUUAGUCAUUUUAUACAACUUUUUUAAAUACUUAAAAGUCUAUUAUGUUUAUACAUUUUGUUUGUAGUUAUUCUUCUUUUCAUAUCACAGUAACUGGACGAUUUGAUUAGCUUCCAAAAUAUCUU